AUGCUAUUCGUUUUUUUCCUGCUGGUGACAUUUUUCUUGGGACUGUCCCGGUGCCUGGGCUCCUAUGUCCCCUGCGAGCCCUGUGAUCAGAAAGCACUGUCCAUGUGCCCUCCGGUGCCGGUCGGCUGCCAGCUGGUGAAGGAGCCGGGCUGCGGCUGCUGCCUGACCUGCGCUUUAUCGGAGGGUCAGGCGUGCGGCGUUUACACCGGAACUUGCACACACGGGCUGCGCUGCCUGCCGCGGAGCGGGGAAGAGAAGCCGCUUCACGCCCUUCUCCACGGGAGAGGAGUGUGCACGAAUGAGAAAGGACACAAACCGGCGCAUCCAGCCGUAGACCGGGAGUCCCGGGAGCAUGAAGACACAGUGACAACUGAGAUGACAGUGGACAAGCCUGUCAUGCCCAAAGUGCCACUGUACGCCAAAGACCCCAUCACGAGCAAGAAGGCACAGGCCAUGCGCAAGGAUAAGAAGCGGCAGCAGGAGAAGCUGAGGUCCAUGGGUCACACCGACUACGCCCCACUCCCCAUCGACAAGCAUGAGCCAGAGUUUGGUCCAUGCAGAAGAAAAUUGGACGGAAUCAUUCAGAGAAUGAAGGACACCUCUCGCGUCAUGGCUCUGUCCUUGUACCUCCCUAACUGUGACAGGAAGGGAUUCUUCAAACGCAAGCAGUGCAAACCCUCCCGCGGUCGCAAGCGUGGCAUCUGCUGGUGCGUGGACAAGUAUGGAGUUCAGCUCCCUGGCACGGACUACAGCGGUGGUGACAUCCAGUGCAAAGACCUGGAGAGUGGCAGCAACAUCAACGAGUGAGGAGCCUCCGCCUGACCCAGGGCCCGCCUCCUUCCUUCUCACCCAUCCACCCACCAGUCACUUUGAGAUUUGAAAUGCAAAACAAACAAAAAACGAGUAAAGCUGAAAAACGUCGAACCUUUCUGACUGUGCGCUCAUCUCUAAAUAGCCGGAUUCCAGCUAGGCCUGUAAUAUGGCUGCUCUGAAAAGAGGUGCAUUUGAUUUGUAAAAAAAUAUAUAUAUAUACAUAUAUUUAUAUAUUUUUUAUAGAGGCUGGGGAUUGAGCACCAAACUGUACAUCAUUAAAGUUAAGCUAAUGCAUCAAGAAUACAGAAUAAGACACAUCUACGAUUAACGGGGCUGUCUUGGUCUUUCACAUCUCUAACUAGUGUGGUAUCAGAAGAGAUAGCAGGAACUCUUACGUUGGCAGAAUGAUUUGGCUUCAUGCUUGUUUGUUCCGCAAAAAAAAGAACAAAAAAAACACAUGAGAUAUGGAUCUGCUGAUACAAUUCUCACUAUCCAGGUGUUGGUCCUGUCAGAGCACUUAAUCGUAGGGAACCUCAUUUGCUUGGAAAUGUGUAUCUUUUGCUAGGGUCAGUGUAUGUGCGUGCUUGUGCACAUGUAAAUGUGUGCGUGGUUGACUCCCCAGAAGAAUGUCUUUUUAUUUUUAUUCCUGUCAGCAGCCCCUCCAGCCAGCCAGCCGCCCUGGCUACAGAGAGGGGGCUCUCUCUUUUUUCGCCCAUAAACGAGGCAUUUCUGGAAGUAAGGCCCGUAGGCUGAGCAUAAACAGCGACUUGUUGUGGACAAACAGUUUUAAGUGACUCUAUGACUCUGUAGCUAGCCUAAUACGCCAACUGUGCCUAUGUAUACUGACGCUGCCAUUGCUGUGUGACACAGUCGGGCUUCAGCAGAGAAGGUCGCUGUUGCUGGUGAGGCAGGGUAAUCGGCAGACUCUGGGAUUUUCCACGGACAGUGCGGGGUAGCCGUUUCUUAAACGCAGAGGAACAUCCUGGAAUCUACAUCAAACAAAAGCGACCACGUCAAACAAACGUCACUAUGGGUUUGAGUGAGGGUCGCUAUGGCGACCUGAGAAUUUUCAGACUGCGUUCGCCAUCAGCAUCGCUCUCUCUGUUUCCUAUGUUCUGGGUGUGGUCUGAUCUUUAUUCUUUAUUUUUUGACUGUCUUCUUUUCCUUCAGUGAAGUAAUAUCCACCCAUUUGAGCCGUGUUUCUUAAGACCUGGAUGCUGAGAGGGUGCAACCUUGAUAAAUUACUUUAAAAAAAUGGAUUCAUGAAUGUUUUGUCUUUUUAUAAAAAGAAGUGGGAAAAAAAAACAUGAGAGUACCGGUGCUUGAGAAAGGAACUUAUAUUUUAGUUUGAAAACUAUGCAAAAUAUAAAUAAUUUGCAUGGUCCCAUCCACCAUGUCACGAUUGAGGGAAUCUGAUUUGAAUUCAGGACCUUGGUCAACCCCCCCCCUGCCCUUCUCAGCUUGUCCAUCACAGCCAACACUCAUCAUUGUCUUGAUACUCUACACAGUAAAUCUUCAAAGCAGCACCUGACUCACUUUUAAUACUAGGAAUCCAGGACGAUUUCUAAAGCAUCACCUGUAUAACAAAUGUGCAACAGCCACUGCAAGCCCCUUUAAUAUGAGGCUGCAGUUGCGAAUGUAAAUGUUUUACUAUACGCAAAUACAUUUGUGUAGCGAUUUACAUAUACAUAGACACCAAAAGGACUUGCUAAUAUUGUACGUAAGUGAGGAGGCAAAUUCCGGUUUCAGCCGACGUGGUAGUUAUUAUGUUGUCACCAAUGUACUCCAAGGCAAAGAAAGGGAGAUGUAUGGAGAGAUGUUCCAGUGUUUGGAUGGCUGGAUGUAACUGAUGCAUAAAACUGAUGAUGUGAGAGAACGAUUCAAGGGUUGCACCCCUGUAUGAAGCUGUACAUCAGUAGAAAUGUAGAGCGGCCUGGCUGUUUUGCUUUCCAUGCUACCGCGUAUUCAGAAAAGAACAGGACAUGUUUCUCUGGCGGACUGCGUGUGAUUAGAGAUCCUGUUUCAGUAAUUUUAGGGUUUAACGUUAUGAUCGACUAAGCGGUCAUAAUUUAUUUAAAGGCAGACAAAUGUCGUUGUAGCGCAUUUCGGAACUCUUGUCUGCAAAGUGUCGCAAUGGCAUCUAAUUUGUGUGUUUCGUUAAAGGACGGCGAGCCAUGAGGUGUUUUGUUCACUCAGCCCUGAAUGGCAAAUGGAUUCUUCAGCGAUAAGCUAUGAUUUUAGAAAACAGAGAUCACUGACGUUUAUAUCUUUCUACCUUUCUGAGUUUGCUUGAAGUAAGCGGGGGGAUGAAUUCCAAAUCCACCUCUGGGGUUUUUGUAAAAAAAAUAAUGGGAAGUCAUGCAAGAGUGCCGUGUUUCAUCCGAAUCGCUGACACAGUCCUGGUCGGAACCGUGCCUCGUCAUUUCGAAGGCAGCUUCACUUAACGAUGGAACUGUACUAAAAACAGGAGACUGACCGGCUUUCAUUCGUUAGAGCUGACUGACAGCAUGCAACUGGAUCUCACACUAAAGGAGGAGAAGCGGCCUUCCGCUCUGUGCGAGGACUCGCUUUAGUAGCUUUGACAGGGGCAGUGCAGCCUACGCCUGGCACCCAGAACAGACGUCAGAUAGGGAGAGUGCUAGUUCACACUUUACUAACCUCCGUCGGGACUUUGUAAUGCACGCACGGCCUUCGAAAAGAGCACGCCUCGGCGUCAGUAUAGGAGACGGCGGGAGCGCAGUGGGCAAUGCUUUCAUUACUGGGCCUUCACAGCGGGAAGACAGAAGUCACUACAGCAGGACAUAGAUACAGUUAGCUUCACAGACAAAGGGGUCUUCAGAACCUGAGGGCCAGGGAGGUACAAAUCAGCAUUGUGUCUCGCACGCCCUUGAUUAUGCACCAUCAGAUUCCAAUACAAUUCAAGUUGCCAAUGCACAGUCUGGACCGGGUUUGAAGUUAUAUCAAACCUGUUAUAUGCGAUGAGCUCUGAACUCAAAAAUGAACCAACGUUUAUAGUCUGGAGCCUGGAAUGGUGCAGAUUUUUACAAUAUUUGCAGAUCGAACUCACCUGAGAUCAGAAAUGCCCCCAACUCCAAAGCUAAUUAAAAUUCUACAUUUGAUUCGGUGUAAUCGCUGGUGUGGACAAAUGCUGAUUUUUAAGCUGCAAUUUAAGCUUUCGUAAACUUUCCCUGUGUUUCAUCAGAUUCUGAGUCUCCUACCUGGUUAGACUAAUGCAAUAAUCACAACUCAUAUUAUGGUAGUAACUACAGUUUUGUUUCUGAAUGCAUAACUAUUUUGGGAAAAAUGGAAACUCAAAUGAUUUGUUAUGUAAAUGUGACAUGAACCGGCCCGUGAAAUGAGACCCAUUUGUGACAGGAGGACCGUGAAAAUGUUCAGCAUUUGGAACUCUCUAAAUUUUUAAAAAGAAGAAAAAAUUUUAAAAAUCUCAAAUUAUAAAGAAAGUGAAUAUCACUGUGUAAUAUUUAUUCAUUCAACUUGUAAUUUAUGUACUCUUUUAACCUUUGUCUUUUUUGGUAUGACAAAGCAUUUAUUUAAAUAAAGUUAUGUAUUCAUUUAAAAGGA